AUGCAAAAUUUGACUGAGAGGCUUAGACCCCUUGUGGGUUUGAAGGGCUGGGAUUAUUGUGUUAUUUGGAAAUUGAGUGAAAACCAAAGGUUUAUUGAGUUGAUGGAUUGUUGUUGUUCUGGGGCUGAUGAGAACACUCAGACUAAUGGAGGACAAGAACUUCUUUUUCCAGUUUAUCCAGUCCUUCCAUGCAGAGAUACAAUGCAGCACUCAAGAACCAAUUCCUGUGAUGUUCUUGCCCAGCUUCCUUCUUCUCGGUCCUUAGACUCUGGGAUUUAUGCACAUCCCUUAAUAUCAAACCAGCCCAUUUGGUUGAACUCAUCUUCUAACAGAGAUUCAAGUGCCAUGACAGAAAGAGAUGGGACCAGAGUUUUGGUUCCAAGUGCAGAAGGGUUGAUUGAGCUCUUUGUCUCUAAAGAUGUCUCUGAAGACCAACAAGUGAUUGAUUAUAUCACAGCCCAAUGCAACAUUUCAAAGGAGCAAGACACCCUGCUUGGUGCUGGCUGCAAUACAAGCUUCCCUGUCAAUAUAAAUUAUAUGAGCACUGAAAUACAACCACAUGUAUUUCCAGGCAAUGAGAAUGAAGGAAAUGAUCAUCUAAACAGUAAUCAUUUCCAGCAGCCACCUGUUGUUUCCCCUUCAGUGGAUCAUGAUUCGAAUGUGCCAUACGACAUAUCAGUUGAUCGAAUCCGCCUCUGCAGCGCUUCUCCAAUGAAUUUCCUACAACAUGUCACUUACAACUCAGAGAACAGCAUGAAGAAUGGUAAUAGUAAUCUGUACUAUGAGCAGCGUUCACAUGAGUCCUUGGGAGAGAUGGGGCUUCAAGCUGAUGCUGAUGCACCGAACAUGCAGAAUAGUAUGCAUGUUAUGGAAAAUAUGGAGCAGCAGGGUGUUGAGGAUCUAGAUUCAGUUAAACAUGAGGCCCAGGGUGGAAGAACUGCAGAUAAUUCAGGCUCAGAUUGCAGUGAUCAAAUUGAUGAUGAAGAUGACACAAAAUAUAGGCGGAGAACAGGGAAAGGGCCUCAAUCAAAAAACCUUUUUGCAGAGAGGAAGAGAAGAAAGAAGCUCAACGAAAGACUGUAUCGCCUUCGAUCUUUGGUUCCCAACAUUUCUAAGAUGGACAAGGCUGCCAUCCUCGGGGACGCGAUUGAUUUUGUGAAGGACUUGCUGAGGCAAGUAAAGGAACUCCAAGAUGAGCUUGAACAGCAUUCAAAUGAUGAAGGACCUAAUAAGAAAACUAGUGCCAAUAUCUGUGGAAACCACAACAAUUUCCAACCAGAGAUUCUAAAUCAAAAUGGAACAAGCAUUACAAACAAGCCAGAAAAUGAUGAUAAUCCUCCAAAUGGAUUUCAUGUGGGCACAGCAGGUGAUAUUGGCAACCUCUCAAAACAGCAACAGGACUCAGAUAGUACAAAUGACAGAGGACAACAGAUGGAGCACAAGCCUGGAGGGUUUGUGAGAUUGAUGGAGGCAUUGGAUACUUUAGGCUUGGAAGUAACCAAUGCAAAUGUGACCAGCUUCAGAAGCCUUGUCUCCAAUGUCUUUAAAGUUGAGAAGAAAGACAGUGAAGUAGUUCAAGCUGAUGAUGUAAGGGACUCUUUGCUGGAGAUAACAAGGAACCCAUCAUCAAAAGUGUGGCCUGAGAUGGCCAAAGCAAAAGCAUCAGAAAAUGGGAGUGGAUUGGAUCACUUUCAUCAUGAUGAUCACCAUCAUUACCAGCAACACCAUCUCCACAAUUACCAUGCUUCUUCAUACCACCUCCAACAUCUUUAUAAUUAUUAA